CCUUAAACUUCCGAAAAUCGAAUCGAGGAAAAGAGAAGGCAGCUUUCCCGUAUAAAACCCAAACCCCUCCAAAUUCUCCCCCCAAUUCUCCAGCCAGGGAAGGGCGGCGACGGCGACGAUCAUCCCAUCUCCGACCAGCUGAUCCUUCCGCUCCAUCGUCGUCAUGUACGGACGGGCGGCGGAGUGGAGCCGCUACGAGGACAAGGUCUUCGAGCACGCGCUGGUGGCGGUGGCGGAGGACUCGCCCGACCGGUGGCAGCUGAUCGGGAACCGCCUGAACCGGUCCGCGUCGCAGGUGUUCGAGCACUACCAGAGGCUGGUGGAGGACAUUGACGCGAUCGAGUCGGGGCGGGUCGAGCCGCCGAGCUACCGCGACGACCACCCGGCGAGCUGCGGCCAGAUUGCCUUCGAGACGAAGCCCCGGAUCAAGGAGGCGGAGAAGAAGAAGGGCAACCCGUGGACCGAGGAGGAGCACAGGUUAUUUUUGCUCGGGCUGCAGACCUAUGGCAAGGGCGACUGGAGGAGCAUCUCGAGGCACUUUGUCCUCACAAGAACACCGACUCAGGUGGCUAGCCAUGCUCAGAAGUUCUACAUGCGGCAGAUGAGUUUGGGGAAGAAAGAGAGGAAGAGGAAUAGCAUUCACGACAUCACCACGGUCGACACCCCCCCAGUCCCGGCAUCUGUUAAUGACAGUUUCAACCCUCCUCAAGCGGGCAAUGCCCAAGAUGAUCCGAGUUAUGAUUAUCCAAAAGCCAACAACUUUCAGCAGAUGCAACCUUGUCAACCGGCGCCUUUCAUGAAUCAAUUACUUGAUCAAGGGGGAGGGUCGAUAGGAUACGAAAACUUAAGCUAUUUCCUGUGAAGUGCCGGGAUGGAAGUUUUGUAUAUAGAUGAAAGCCAGUAUAAAGGAGUAAUUCAUUAUAGAUUUAGUGGAAAAGGGGUAUAUGUACAUUAGGUUUUCACUCUUUCUUUAUCUCAGUUCAUGUUGAACCAUGUUCUGAAUCACUUUUUGAGAUGCAGUAAAUUUAAAAAAAAAAAGAAAAAACUUAUUCCACAACUUA